CUUCAACCACACUCUGCUAUCUGUCCUGCAUUCAACGCGAACUGUGUUGGAGUUAAAAAUGUCGAGAAAUGUAUUCGUCGCUGCGCAUUAAUGACCGCUUAAUGUGCGUGGGUUGGACCACAGAGGCAGUGGACAGUGUGACGGAAUGAGAGAAGCAGAGUUUUUUUCAUACAUCUGUAUCACUGCUGAGAGUGAAACUUAAAAUUAAGCGAACUAACUCUCCGUAGCGCCACAGUGCAACAACGGGAUCGCGAUCCGCAACAACAACACGGCUGUGAGGAUCCUGUUGGGCGGUUUUGUCAUCUGAUAGCUUUAACAGCUGAUCGCACAGGUCAUUCAUAGUUAUGGAGAGGGUCACCAGCAGCUCAGGAGGACACAACCGGUCUGAGCUGAUCUCGAUCUUCAACUCGAGCUGUCAGUUUGAUGAAGAGUUCAAAUACAUUCUGCUGCCCGUGUCCUACAGUCUGGUGUUUGUGUUCGGCUUUGUGCUCAAUGCUGCAGCUUUAUGGGUGUUUGUGAAGAUGCGUCCUUGGAACGCCAGCACAGUGUUCAUGUUCCACCUCGCCCUGUCAGACUUCCUCUAUGUACUCUCCCUGCCCACCCUCAUAUACUACUAUGCCAACCGGAGUCACUGGCCAUUCGGUGUGGUUGCCUGCAAACUUGCACGCUUCCUUUUCUAUGCCAACCUCUACUGCAGCAUUCUCUUCCUCACCUGCAUCAGCGUGCAUCGCUAUCUCGGCAUCUGCCACCCUAUUAAGAUGAUGAGCCUGGUGAAGCGUCGCCAUGCACACCUGGUCUGUGGCAUAGUGUGGAGUGUGGUGACUGUGUGCUUGGUGCCCAAUAUCAUGUUUGUCACCACCUCCAGGAGGGGCAAUGACACCCUGUGCCAUGACACAACAAGUCAGGAGGCCUUCGAUGAGUAUGUGGACUACAGCUCUGUUGUGAUGGUGCUGCUGUUUGGCAUCCCGUUCGUCGUCAUUAUGGUGUGUUACUGCCUGAUGGCUCGGGCCCUGUGCCAGCCCAGACAGGGAAUAUCUUCAAGCCAGCAGAGUGCUGCUUCCCGUCAGAAAUCCAUCAAGCUCAUCAUCGUGGUGCUUGUGGUGUUUGCUGUCAGCUUCGUCCCAUUUCACAUCACACGGACCCUCUACUAUACGGCCCGUGUGCUGGAUCUUAACUGUAAAUUCCUCAACAUAGUAAACUUUACUUACAAGAUCACCAGGCCGCUGGCCAGCAUCAACAGUUGCAUUGAUCCCAUAUUGUAUUUCCUGGCUGGGGAUCACUACCGCUCCAAAAUGAUGAAUGUUCUGAUGAGAAAAAGACAGACAGUGAGCAGCCAAAUAUCUGAGCAGGCACCAGCACGGCGGAAUAAUAACGACAGUAUUGGUCUGGCUUAUAAAAACUCAGCUCUUAAAGCCAGUGAGGAUGCUGAGACGUAGUGCCAAUUGCGAGGUACCGGUAAAUAUUUCUGCUCCUGGCUGAACUGUCAUUUCCGAUCUGAGGCUUGAAGAGAAAAAGAACCAGUGUACUGUGACUUUAACUCAGCUGGAUAAGCUUUGUGUCUUUCAAGAUUUCUGCAGAAAAAAAACAAAGAAAUGUUUGGGGUUCCUCUUAUUUUCUCCAGAAUGCUAUUUGUGAUAUAAAAAUCAUGUAUUUUUUUAAUGAGUCUGUAUCUAACACAAAGGAGUUAUUAUUCAUUACUCAACAUGUAAA